UUACCCAUUCCACAUUUCUCUCUCUCAUUAACUUUCAAUUUUCCACCUCUGCGCAGAUUAUUUCCUUCGAAUAUUCUCCAGAAAAUUCCUCCAAACUACUCCAUAAGAACACUAAACCCAUCAUCAUCUCCUUUAUAAGAACCACCUAACCUUCACGUUUUGCUGAAUUCAGAGUGAAGUUGACUCUCGAGUGUCGAGCCCUACCCACAUAAUAUAGUUCUUCAAUCAUUCUUUCAUCUGGGCACCAAGUAUUUGCCUUUGAUCUGUUUUAGAGUUGGGUUUUCGGUUUUGAUUGUUUUUGUAGCUCGAAUCAAUGGUGGGGCUUGCGAGAAAGAAGCGGGUCACUGACCCUCUCGACGACGAGGCUAAGGCCCGUCUUGUCGGAGCUGAUCUCCGGCGAUUGAGUUACGGGAGCAGCGGGAGCGAGCAUUCCGGCGAUGGUGACGGGGACUCGCCGUGUCUUUCCGAGCUUGUGCUUGAUUUCCUGGAGGACAACGAGGAUGAGUGUAAGUCGGUGACGAAUGAGUUGGAUCCGGAUCGGGUCGAUCUGGAGGACGAUGGAUCGGAGCUGGUUGACGAUAUGAUACUCAGAUUGAGUGUCGCGAACAAUGUGGAUUCUUACCGGAAGCUUCUUCUGACGCAUGUUUCGGAGGCGAUAGAGAAAUUUGCGUUUCUUCGUGGAAACGUUUCGGUGUUCCUGCGAAAUGUGAUGGCGUUUCUGAGAGAGAAAGGGCACAAUGCGGCGAUUUGCAAGACCAGAUGGGAUUCCUCCAGUGGAGUCACCGCCGGUAACUAUGAGUUCAUCGACGUGAUCCAAUCCGAUGCGUCAUCGUGGCAGAGCAACAGGUACUUUGUUGACGUCGGAUUCGCCGCCCAGUUCGAGAUUGCUCGGCCGACGAGCAAGUACUCCGAGAUUCUUUCCUCUCUGCCAAGCAUCUUCGUCGGCAAGGCGGAGGAGCUGAAGCGUAUCGUUCAGGCCAUGUGCAACGCCGCAAAGAGGUGCUUUCGGAGCAGAGGGUUUUCUGUGCCGCCGUGGAGGAAAAACCGGUACAUGCAGAACAAAUGGUUCGCGCCGUAUCGACGAACAACGAAUCCAGUUCAGGGAAACACAGUUCCUCCCGUUGUUCCGGCCGUUACUGGGGCCAAUUGCAGAUUAGUUGGAUUCGACGACGUGAGUUCAGAGGCCAGACACGGUGGCGUUUUUGUCCGGACGAGAUGAUAGAGUGGCAAAUUUUUGUAAAUAUUUUGGGUGCCCAGGGCAAAUCUGUGAAAUCGAUGCGCCCUUUUUUUGGUUGAGGACUUUAAUGUUAAUUGAAAUAAAAAAU